AUGAAGGUGCUCCCCACUUCGGGCCUGGCUCUGCUGCUCAUCACGGCUCUCAAGUUCUCCACGGCAGCCCCCUCCCUAUUUGCAGCCACCCCCAGGACCUCACAGAACAACUACCACCUCGCACAGGCGUAUCUUGACAAGUAUUACACCAGGAAGGCAGGGCCCCAGGUUGGCGAGAUGGGGGCGCCAGGAGGCAGAGCCCUGGUCAAGAAGAUCAAGGAGCUGCAAGCCUUCUUCGGCCUCCGCGUCACCGGGAAGUUAGACCGGCCCACGAUGGACGUCAUCAAGAGGCCUCGCUGUGGAGUUCCCGACGUGGCAAACUAUCGCCUCUUCCCAGGUGAACCCAAAUGGAAAAAAAAUACUUUGACAUACAGAAUCUCCAAAUACACGCCCUCCAUGACUUCCGCGGAGGUGGACAAAGCAGUCGAGAUGGCCUUGCAGGCCUGGAGCAGCGCCGUCCCGCUGAGCUUCCUCAGGGUGGACACGGGAGAGGCCGACAUUAUGAUAUCGUUUGAAACUGGAGAUCACGGGGACUCCUAUCCAUUCGAUGGCCCUCGAGGGACUCUCGCCCACGCAUUUGCACCCGGGGAAGGUCUGGGAGGCGACACCCAUUUCGACAAUGCUGAGAAGUGGACUAUGGGAAUGAAUGGUUUCAAUUUAUUCACCGUUGCUGCCCAUGAAUUUGGCCACGCACUGGGCCUGGCCCACUCCACAGACCCAUCAGCACUGAUGUACCCAACGUAUAAGUACCAGCAUCCCUAUGGAUUCCACCUGCCCAAAGAUGACGUGAAAGGGAUCCAGGCCUUGUACGGACCCCGGAAAACCUUCCUGGGAAAGCCCACGGUGCCCCACGCACGCCCUCAAAAUCCAUCCAAGCCGGACCUCUGUGACUCCAGCUCCCCCUUCGAUGCCGUGACCAUGCUGGGGAAGGAGCUCCUGCUCUUCCGGGACCGGAUUUUCUGGCGUCGGCAGGUUCACAUGAUGGCGGGGAUCCGGCCCAGCACCAUUACCAGCUCCUUCCCCCAGCUUAUGUCCAACGUGGAUGCAGCUUACGAAGUGGCCGACAGGGGCACCGCUUACUUCUUCAAAGGCCCCCACUACUGGAUAACAAGAGGAUUCCAAAUGCAAGGUCCUCCUCGAACUAUUUAUGACUUUGGCUUCCCAAGGUAUGUGCAGCGAAUAGAUGCUGCUGUCUAUCUCAAGGAUGUGCAGAAGACCCUUUUCUUUGUGGGAGAUGAAUACUACAGCUAUGAUGAAAGAAAAAGGAAAAUGGAAAAAGACUACCCAAAGAACACAGAAGAGGAAUUCUCAGGAGUUAAUGGCCAAAUAGAUGCCGCCGUGGAACUAAAUGGCUACAUUUACUUCUUUUCAGGACCAAAAGCAUACAAGUAUGAUACAGAGAAGGAGGAUGUAGUCAGUGUGCUGAAAUCUAGCUCCUGGAUUGGUUGCUAAACAGAAAGGUCUAGUGUUUUCUGGGGAGUGCUCAUGACCGCCAGCAGCUGGUCCCUGGACCGCAGGGACUGAAGCAGGGUGUGGGAUAGGGAUUCUUCCCCCGGCCUUCAGUCCUACGGGCAGCUUAGAGUUCAUCGAAAAUAAUUACACUUCUAAAUGUUGUCAUGAUUGCAGAUUCAUAAUUCUAAUCUAAAUGGGCAAUUUCUGUAUGGUCAACUUCACAUAAAAUCAGAACUGACACAAUGCUUUCUUCCAUGAGACACCCACUGCCUUUUAUUUUUCUUACCUGAUAUAUGGAGGCAAACUGAUAAAUUCGGCUUUUAUUACCAAGAAGACACCUAUUUGUGGAUUCCCUGACACGUAUUAUAACUCUUUCUAAUAGGCAACAUCAUUGCCGUGCGAACUGUAAUCACUCUUUAUUAAGCUUUUGUGGCCUCUGCAUUCAUUGUGAUGAAUACAGAUCUGUCCAUCUUUACCUUGGACACAUCACAAACAAAAUACCAUGUAAAUCUUGCUUCUCGUUGUGUGUUGGUUCGCUCCGUGUACUCACUGGUCUUUGAAGUAGGUCGUAGCGGGCAAACCUAUUCAAGUGAAUUUUCACGCUAGGCAAGAGAUGGACACUUGGCAAGAGGAAAACUUUUAACAAAAGCCAAUAAAAAUGUUGUCUAAGAACAGGUCCUCAUUUCUCUUAAUAUUUACUGGCUUCAGUCACACUUGAUUUGGCAACAAACUGUACCUAGCAGAAACCCAAAACCCGAGAUAGGAUCGUGAGCACGCAGACCCAGGAGAAGUAACAGUAACUCACUGCAUUUCCUGCUUCCUGACAAUAAAACACCCACCGAGAACCGUCUUUAACCCUUCCGAGGGAGUCUCUCCGGACUGGUUUUCCAUUUAGGGGAGUCUCUCUGUUUAGUUUUUCUUACUUCAAGCUAAGCCUUUUCUCUUUCUUACCUACUCAUCAGUACAGGGAAAACACAGCUGUUUGUCAUUGUUAUGACUUUUUUUAACCUUACCCUCUAGAAUGUAAGGAUUCUAAAGAUUAAGGGAGUCUAAAAUUAGAUGAUAAAUACAUUUAGCGUACUUCAUGGGCCGCCUGGAAUAUCCACAGCGCUCCACACAUCACUGAUUAAACUGGUGUCACAGGAUGAAGAAGGGGUGGGGCCGUCCCUGGCCGUGACUCCCAGCCUCCCACUUGGUUUCUGUUACUGAAAGUGGCUAUUUAUACAAGCAGAUGUUGAAUCUUUGACGGUUGAAGACAAACUCUAGCACGCUUGCUUUCCAAUGUCAACUGCCUUGAUUGAGGAAGCAAAGUCGCUUUUGCAAAAACAGCCAGUGGAGGAGACGUGCAUGAUGGCAAUGAGCAGGGAGUAAAAGCAGCCUGGCGGCUCCAAAAGGCUAAACACAGAGUAAGCAAUACGUGAGCAUUUCCACUCCUGGACGCACACCUGUGAGACCGGAAGACGCGCGCACAGACAUGGAUGACGCUUGAAAACAGGACGCUAAGAAACCAGAUGCAAAAGGCCACCGACUCUAGGCUUCUGUUUCUAUGAAAUGUUCAGAAUAAGAAAAUCACAGAGACGGAAAGCUGAUGGGUGCUUGCCAGGAGUUGGGGGAGGGGCGAUGGACAGUGACUGCUAAGGGGCCCGGGGGUUUCUUCGUGGGGUGAUGAAAAUGUUCUGGAAGUGAUGAUGGUGAUGUUUGCACAACUCUGUGAAUAUACGAAAAGCCAUCGAAUUGUACAUUUUAAGUGGAUAAACUGGAUGGUUUGUGAACUGCA